AAUAAAAAUCCCGGGGAAAUGCGCUUGGAAAACCACCUCCCCACCACACGACGCCGCCGGUCGCCGAGGUGCGGGACGCAACCCGCAGCGCAGCCUCAAAACAUCAGACGCAAGCUUCGUUGCCUCCCCCAUUUAGCAGCCUCCUCCUCGUCUCCUUUCCUUCGUCAGACUCACCGCCAUUCCCCAGACGCCACUGCGAUCUCGAUCUCGAGCCAGUCGCUGAUUCCCCAAACCCAAGCCUACCAUUCCAUGGCGCGAGCUCUAUCUAACCAGCCUAGCGCGUCGCCGCCACCGCCGCCUUCGCCUUGCGAGCAGCUAGCCAUGGACGAGGUCCCCGUCGCUCUCGAUCUCCGGUCCGGUGACCGUGCCCCCGCGCGCGCUCCUCCGUCUCCUCCCCACGUCUCCGCGGCUUCAUGCCACGCCGCCGAGCGCUGCCCCGACACCGGCCGUGCCGAGGAAGUGCCAGGAGGUCCGUGUUUCGAGAACACAGACGCCGUUGCGGCGGAGUUAGCGGGGUCAAAUUCGGCCGUUUCCGAGGGCCAGGCUGUGAGUAGAGAUACGUCGGAAGGCCUUGGACGCGGUGAUGCUGGAGAAGCGGAGGUUUUGUGUUCGGAGGGUGGCAACGAGCUCGAAUCGACGGAGCCGGGUGUCUUGGAUGUGAGAUUAGGGGGCCCCGUGGUGCAGCUCCACGAACGGAAGUUGGAUGGUGCCGGUUUGGGAUCCGGUGAAGCUGAUGCAAUCGAUGGGAUUUCAUUGGUUGAGGUGUCCCCAUCAGGUGCCAAUUCGAAUUUGGAUGCCACUGUGUCAAUUGGUGGUUCUUCCCUCGUGGAGAGGUCCGGGUACCUGUCAGAGGCGAGCGGCGCCCCGGGAUGUGAACUAGAGGUGCGAGAAGAGCCAACAGGGACCCCUGCUGCUGUGGGGCUCCCCGGCGGGGAUGUAAGUUCUGAGGUUGGAGUUGAGACGGAAGAUGAAAUGGAUGGUAGAAAUGACCUGGCCGAAGGGGAAUUGGAAUUGUGUGCUAAUGGUGACGAUGUCGAUGAGGCCACAGAGAUGAGUGGUGUCUCGUGUGACGAAAGAGUGGAGAGGAUGGAAACGAGUUUGGAGGAAUCUGAGGCCUCAGGUGGCUCCACCGUGCGCAUUGAGGAAGGAGUGGACAGGAUGGAUACGAGUUUGGAUGACUCUGAGGCUUCGGACGGCUCAACCACGCACGAUUCUGAUACUGACGUAGAGACGGAGUGGAGUGGUUCUAGUACAGAGGAACAAGACACAGGAUACGGAGCCCUCGUCCCUCAAAUGGAUCAAGCAAUCCACAAGGUGGUCAGAGAAAACAACACUUCAGGGGUGAAGAGCUCUGAGAGGAUGACUUCAGUAUCCGUAUCAACACUUGUGCUGGCUUCAGGUGCAGCAAUGUUACCGCAUCCAUCAAAGGUAUUGACAGGUGGUGAAGAUGCAUAUUUUAUAGCUUGUGAUGGCUGGUUUGGUGUAGCAGAUGGAGUUGGUCAGUGGUCAUUUGAAGGGAUCAAUGCAGGGCUUUAUGCGAGAGAGUUAAUGGAUAGUUGCAAAAAGUUUGUAACAGAGAGUCAAGGGGCUCCAGGGUUGAGGACCGAGGAAGUUCUUGCUAAGGCUGCAGAUGAAGCACGGUCACCUGGUUCUUCCACUGUUUUAGUUGCUCACUUUGAUGGCCAUGUCCUUCAUGUAUCUAAUAUCGGAGAUUCUGGAUUCCUUGUGAUAAGGAAUGGAGAUAUAUAUAAAAAAUCAAAUCCGAUGACGUAUGGUUUCAAUUUUCCCUUGCAAAUCGAGAAGGGUGAUGAUCCUCUAAAACUUGUACAGAAAUACACCAUCGAUCUACAAGAAGGUGAUGUCAUUGUAACGGCAACGGAUGGUCUUUUUGACAACGUCUAUGAGGAGGAAGUAGCAGCCAUCGUCUCCAAAUCAUUAGAAGCCAGCCUCAAACCCACGGAGAUUGCCGAGUUCCUGGCUGCAAGAGCAAAGGAAGUGGGGAGGUCUGGGUUUGGAAGUAGCCCGUUUUCGGAUGCAGCCCUCUCGGCUGGGUACCUGGGUUACUCCGGUGGCAAGCUGGAUGAUGUAACAGUUGUUGUAUCUAUUGUUCGGAAAUCUGAAGUUUAAACUAUAAACAGACUCUUAAGUUC